AUGAUCUCCAAGCCGUUUUUGAAGGAGAAAACAAUAGCAACACCACUCGGUAUGGAGAUUAUAUUUCUUUGCAUGCUUAGGGUGAAGUUUGCUGUAUCGGUUGCAUCAUGUGCUAAUGAAAUGCUUGUAAUAUCAGGACAUGCCACAUCUAUAUACGCUUCUGCCCAAAGCUUCGCUACUGGCAUCGGCGAUGAUGUCUUGCACCCUAGGAUCAGUCUCUCAUCUUCCGAGAGAGGCAGGGACAUCUUGACCUCCUUUGAUGAUCAUGAUGUUGCCUCAAUUAAUAUGAUGAGCUUCACAGCCCCCGAUAAUGAGAAUGGCAAUGUCGGCGAAAUCAAGUACAGACGUUACACGGAGACUCUUGGGCCAAUAUCCAAUUCUGACCGCCUCACUUCAUCGGUUCGUUCAGAUAUGACGAGCCGUCAUGACCCUGAGUCGCAGAUAAAGAAAGGUCGAGACCAAGAGAGAGACCUCUCAACGAGUACCGAGACUGGCGUUGCCGCCCCAGCUACAUUUCUUCGCCGGACUGUCGUCCCUCUGCACACAGCGGUAUCUAAAUAUAGAUGUGUCACCGAGACAUACGGAUAUACCGAAGUACGUGUUGGGCAAGGAGACCAUAUAUCACGCUGGCUCCGAGAUUCCAAACUCACUUACACGGUUGAUGUUGAGAGCUUCCCGACACUUGCCGAAGGCAUGCAGGUAAAGGCAGCGAUGCGAGAAGCAAUUAGCAUGUGGAGGGGCAUUGGUGCGAGCUUUGAGGACCUGGGAGUUGAUAACAUUGGUUCAGCCACCUUCGUCGUAAGGUAUGAUAGCCGCAGAUGCAGCAAAACCUACGCCAGCUCUUUCUUCCCGGAUCAAGUGCCGGGCGAAUUGUGCGUGUUCAAUCUGGCACUAUCCAAUGCCCCCCAUCUCGCCAAUAUCUUGGCCCACGAAAAUGGCCAUAUUCUAGGACUUCGUCAUGAGUUUGCCGAUGAACACCACAAAGAGGGAAGAAAUCUCCCCUGUGUCCUCAUUGGAAAGAAGAACUCCCGAUCAAUCAUGAACUACUAUGAAGACCCGGGACAACUCCAAGUCACCGAGCAAGAUCUCAGAGGAUUGAAAGAGCUUUAUGAAUGCAAUGAUGAAACCUACAAGGGGCUACCAAUACACGACUAUGAUCCAAUUUCACGUCAACGCGUUUCUCGCGAAGAGACUCGUUGUAGUCACGCAAUGAGAAAGCCGAGUCGCAAGUUCCUUGGCCGCAGCGCGCUGAGAAAAUUGGACUCAUUUAUCUAUGCGACUUUCCACGACGCCAAAAGGGCUACCAUUCAACGCACUUGA